UCCGUCGCUGAGGUCGCUUCCGCCACCAGUGGUCACCAGUUGCCGCUCACCAUGCUCACCUGGCUGCUGCUGCUUGUCUGCGCGCUGGCCCGACCCCGGGUCGUCAGCGCACAGGACAGCCUGUACCCCGGCGGCUGUCGCAUCGUCGGCGACGACGAUCAGGGCGUCAACGUCACGUGCACGUGCGGCCAGUCGGUGCAGCAGAAGGUGGAUUCGAGCCCCAUUAACCACCUGACGAUCCUCGGUUGCACCGACAACGAUCAGCUCACCUCUGACGUGAUCACCGUCUCCUUCGCCUUGCUGGAAAGGACGCCGGCCGACAGCGACUUCGUGCUGGUGCGCGUGCGCUCCGUCAACAUAUCGGGAGUGCAGCUGGAGCUGUCACCGGCGCCGGUCAGUAGGCUGCCGACCGGCCACCCGCUGGAGAGGCUGCACGUGGAGUACUCGAGGAUGCCCAGGGGCCUGCGAAGCAGCGCGCUGAGGACCCUGCCGCGCCUCAGCCACGUGUCCCUGCUCGGCGUGUCGGCGACGACGUUCUACUCGGCCGCGCUGUAUGACCUGCCGAGCCUGCGCCGGCUGACCAUCGCCGACUGCGAGAUCGGCUUCAUCCGGGUUAAUGCCGUGUCGCGCACGCCUCAGCUGCGCCACCUGCGGAUCGUCAGAUCGCAGAUGCACACCGUGCAGGGCGGCGCCAUCGUGGUGGACGCCGACGAGGAGGGCAUGGACAGCAGCUGCGAUGCGCUGCCGCUCGACAGUCACGCCGUCGCCUCGUUUGUCUUUGCCAACAACUCCGUCACGACAAUCGCGCUGAACGCCAUUCGCGUCGGUCCGGUGCAGCGCUUCGUGGCAUCCGGCAACAACCUCCGAGAGCUCUACCCGGGCGCCUUCAACAUCACCCUACGCGCCGCCUGCGCCAACCAGCUGCAGUUCACCGAUAACCAGCUGGAGGAUGUACGCAGCGAGGCGCUCUUCGUCAACAACGAGGCCGACGAGCCCGCCUUGAUCACGUUGGGCGGCAACGUGGGGACCAUCGCGCCCCUGUCGCCAAGCUUCCUGGGGCUGCGCGGUCCGUUCGAGCCCAGUGCAGACGGUGGCGAGGUGCCCGACGUGUACGAAUGCAGCUGUUGCGACUGCCAGGCCACCCAGGAACUGGUGGCAUUGGCGCUCGACGACGCGUCGGACCCGCUGUUGCGCAGCCUGUUCAGCGACGCUCUGCGCUCUGCCGAGUGCCUGGGCGAUAAGGGGUCGUUCCUGGCGUUCGCCGACGGCUGCGCCCCGGAGAGAGGGCUCGGAAGGAAGCUCGGACUGUCAGGGGGCGGCGAGCAGCCCGCGCCGCCCUCCGUCUCGGACGCCGGGCUUGUGCGGGCCUCGGCGUCGCUCUUGGCGCUCGUGGUGGCCGUCCUGCGUGGCUGAGGUGUCACAGCUUGCCGCUAGGUGGCCGGAGGCAGGGACGACCUCCGUGUGCGGGCUGAGUACAGUGUCGAGCGCCUGGGCACGGCCGUAGAGCAUGCUGUCUAGAGGACAUCACGGGUUGGGUAAACCCAUGAGUUGCCACAUGGAAUGGGCAACAGACUGGUUGGGUAAACAUUUCUGAAAAAUUACGGACAUUGGCACGGGGUGAGCAAACAAUUUAUGAACUCUCGUUUAAAUGCUUCAAGAAAUACUGCACAAUGUUGCUGAUUGCAUUUAUGUUUGUCAUAAUGCAGUUUAUUCACUUUUCUCCUACAACAAUCGAAGCAAAAGGAAUGAUAGCUUGGGUGCAAACAUUCCUUAAACCCUUCCAAAGUUAUAACUAAAAUGACAAGCUGAAAACAGACAGGUAACGGGCAAGUACAACUGAUAGGGAAUGGGUUGUGGGCAGGUAUGACCAGAGCCCCGUGGGUGGUGGACGGGUUAGGUAAAGGAAACAGCACCCGUGAAGGCCUCUAGCGUUGUCAUGACGACCGCAUGGCGUCAAGACACCACGUGGCACCGUACUGAAAGUGAAUGACUUCUUGAAGCUGAGCAGUUUUGCAAAUGCAAGUGCACUGUGGUCGGCGAUAGAGCCGUGGUCUUCUGCGUACGCAUCCAUUUAUGGUACCUAUCACUCAAAGUCCGCUGGGGCUACGCUGUUUGCCUUCUGCCAAACUGCGCAAUCUGGCGGCUGCUUCGAAAGCUUUCAUGCGCCAUACAGGAAGACGGUGUGCGAAUCUUCAGGCACCAGACCGCGGAAUUGCUUCGUAGCUCACGCCUGGUGUUCUGGCACAUAUCUCGGCGAUCCGGGGUGUGGUGUAUAUCCCUGAGUUCAAGUGUGUGUAUUGAUUAAAAGACCAUGGGUCUGUAAAUAAAGUUAUCUGUGUCUUUCAGUGU